AUGGAGGAGGGAAUUCGCAUAAUCAUAACGGCCCCAAGAACGAAGACUGGACAUUAUGCCAAUGAAUGUCCUGAAGCCCAGAAUGGAAAUGGCAAUGGAAGCUCUGGGAAGAAGCCGAACCCUUUCAAUAGGGGACAGGUGAACCACGUUAACGUGGAGGAGGUUGAAGCCCAGCUAGAUGCAGUAAUAGUGCACGCAUUGAAGACGUGGAGACAUUUUCUCAUCGGAAACCAUUGUGAGGUGUACACGGAUCACAAGAGUUUGAAGUACAUCUUCACGCAGAAGGAGUUGAAUCUCAGGCAAAGGAGAUGGUUGGAGCUCAUCAAGGAUUAUGAUAUGAGGUUGCAUUAUCAUCCCGGAGAGGCUAACAUAGUAGCUGACGCAUUGAGUCGCAAGAGCCAUGUCAACACACUAAUGACCGGAGAGUUACCAAAGGAGUUAGCCGAGGAUCUUCAUGAGCUAUGUUUGGAGAUAGUUACGAGAGGCUAUGUAGCAGCAUUGGAGAUUCAAUCUACUUUGAUGGAUAAGAUCAGAGAAGCUCAGAAGACUGACAAGGAGAUUGCCACUAUAAAGGAGAAGGCCCUGCAGAAGCUGCAAGAGAAAUGGAAGUCCACGGCGGCGCCGUACCCGGCCAUGUACUCGAGCUUCUUGGGCGGGAUCAUCCUGGACCCGGCCAUGAUGGCCCUCCCCAUCGACGACCACAUGGUCCACCGCGGCCACGGCGUCUUCGACACGGCCAUGCUCCUCGACGGCCACCUUUACGAGCUCGACACGCACCUCGACCGCUUCCUGCGCUCCGCGGCGCAGGCCAAGGUGGGUACCCCGUUCCCGCGCGACACGCUGCGCAGCAUCCUCGUGCAGAUGACGGCGGCGUCCGGCUGCCGGAAGGGCUCCAUCCGGUAUUGGCUCAGCUCCGGCCCCGGCGACUUCCUGCUCUCCUCCAGCGGCUGCCCCGGCCCGGCCUUCUACGCCGUCGUCAUCCCGUCCGACUACGCGCAGUGCCGCCACGGCGUGCGCGCCGUGACCACGUCGGUGCCCAUGAAGCCGCCGCUGUUCGCCACCAUGAAGAACGUCAACUACCUGCCCAACGUGCUGUCCAUCAUGGACGCGGAGGAGCGCGGCGCGUUCGCGUCCGUGUGGGUGGACGAGCAGGGGUACGUCGCCGAGGGCCCCAUGGUGAACGUCGCCUUCGUCACCCAGGGCGGCGAGCUCGUGCUCCCGGUGUUCGACAAGAUCCUCAGCGGGUGCACCGCCAAGCGGAUGCUGGCGCUGGCGCCGAAGCUCGUCGAGGCCGGCCUGCUCAAGGGCGUCAGCACCCAGCACAUCACCGCCGCCGACGCCAAGCGCUCCGUGGAGAUGGCCUUCGUCGGCAGCGGCCUGCCCGUGCUGCCCAUCGUCGAGUGGGACGGCCAGCCCAUCGGCGACGGGAAGGUGGGGAAGCUUAUGCUGGCGUUGUCCGAUCUGCUCUGGGAGGACAUGAAGUCCGGGCCGGACAGGGUCGCCGUUCCAUACAAGUGA